AUGCCUCCCCGCCGGCGGGCUAGCAUAGCUUGCCGUCUAUGCAAGUCGCAGAAGGUCAAGUGUUCGGCAACCUUUCCGACAUGCUCGAAAUGCGCGCAGCGCGGGGUAACGUGUGUGUAUACAAAACUACGGCGCACGACGCGAAGUUCCGUCAGUUCUCAGGUCCCUGGCUUCCAGUCCCUGCAUACGGAACGAGUCUUGGAUGCAGCCACCCCCAAGGGUGAACGGAUUCUGCUGCCUCCAACACUGGCAACUGAUGCCCUAGCCAUGGCGAUACCCAGACACGAGAAUGUGUCUCCCCUAUCUGCUGUCGACCAAGAACCGCUUGAUACUGCUGUAGAGCUAAGCAGUCAAUGUAAAGAUUGCCUGAGGACUUUUCCCCCGUCGUCUUCGCAUCUUGUGACCACCAACAGUGAUUGUGAAAUUCGUUGCUCACAAGCAGGCGCCUCUCAUGCUCAGCCCAGUGGCAAGGUGAACCAUCUUCUUGUUUUACUUCUAGAGUCUUUCUUUCGUGAGGAGUACCCUCUCCCUUCGUAUUCCUUUGUGCAUCCUACAUCAACUAUUGCGAAGUGCCAUGCGGGCACUCUUGAGCCAUGUCUUUCACUCGCUCUCGCCGGAGUUGCAACUCUUCAUAUAUCGAUGCGCUUAAAGACUGCAGUAUAUACCCGCAACAAUAGUGCUUUCACAGAUAAUGAAGACGAGGCCACGAUGCAUUCUCUCAACUGCACAUGCCGCGGACUCGCACCGAUACGAGCUGCCGAGCAGAUCAUAUGGUCGAGUAUUGAAACCCCAACAGUUGCAAAACUGCAAGCUCUUCUGCUCUGUAUUAAUCACGGCAUGCAAACGGGGCGUUUUCAAAGAGCCUUCAUGUUAGCUGCCAUGGCGGCGCGUUUUGCUACUGCUCUUCGACUCCACCGUGAAAACCCAAGUCUAGACUUUGUUGCGCGAGAAACCAGGAGGCGCAUCGUGUGGAGCUUAAAGCUUAUCGAGCGAUAUUUCAGUAUUGGACUUCCGGAGUUUGAGUUGUGUCCUUUUGAAACCAUUUUUAUCCAACUGCCGUGCACUGAGUCAAUGUACGAUGUCGGAAUAGAGUGUCCUUCCGAAACCAGCAACCCUUCAUCGCCAUUGGAAGACGAUCGCGGUGCCUACCGACUGUGCGUCAAUCUUGAGACAUUACGGCGGGAUAUCGUCAAACUAGGCAGAGAUUUUGCGGUUUGUGGACAAAUCUCUCCACAGUUUCCGUCAUUAAUUGGUUCAUUUGAGCGCGCUCUUUCUGAAAUUGGCGCCAGAUUGCCUCAUGGCCCAGAGCUGUCGUUCGAUCAGAUCAACACUCUGGUUGCAUCGCAAUGGCUGCCGAGGCACAUCGCUUUACAGUUAAGCUGGCACCAGUGUCACUGCGACUUGUACCGACUGCUACUGCAGGGGUAUCCCGAGGCUGGACCUCAACAUGGCCUCGAAGUGUUCUUACAGCAGGCAAGCAAUGAUGAUAAUGAGAAUGGAUGCGAAGAUAUCUUACUCCGCGCCGAGCGUCAUUGUUUACAGCACGCCAAUGCUAUCAUUAUGAUCCUGACGAUGUUGAACCAACAGUCAACCCGCGUUUUUGGCCUAGAAUUUGACACUACAAUUUGUGCCUAUCAUGCAACACGCCUGCUCCUUUUCAUUUCCAGGUUUGGAAAAGACCUCAAGAAUCGUCCAUCCGAAGAGUUCACACUCAGCAGACUGGACCUGAGCCUUGCAGCGCUGCGGAGGUUCUUUCCCCAGAACGAGCUUGUAGGUCCCAUCAUUACUGAGAUGGAGGACAACAGGCGUAAGUUUGCGGCUCGGACUUAUCGAGCCCCCUUGUCAGUGCCAUGGGCGGUGCGCCGGGGCAAUACAGUGAUAGCCCAGGACUUUGACGCCCAAGCCGGGCCUAGUGACGUACCAUCAGCGCCGACGAAUACAGUACCACCACUAGCAUCCAAGACAACCGAGGUCCUGGCAGUCCAUAGCCUGUUGCGGCAAGCUAGAUUCUCAGAUAAAGAAAAUGCAGAUCGUGGGACCAGUAUACCGAUCGCAGGUACCCCACCUACGAAUCAACCUAACAACAUCCUCUCACAGACGGAUCCUCCAGGGUUUAAUGGGAUUUCGUCUUCCCAGACAGAAUUUGUCCCCGAGAAUUUCCCUUCAUCAAGUGCCACGGCCAAGCAAAAAAUGACGACCGUGGGCGACGCGUUGUCAGGUCAGCCGACCUUGACCCAAGAUACAAGUACCGAUGCCUUGACUGACCCGACCAGUAUGGCACCGGAUAAUGGCACUGCAAUAAUGGGAGAGGACUGGGAUUUUGCCUCAUUUAUGCCCUUGCAAGCUUGGGUCAUGCCCAACCUCGGCAGUUCGUGGCCUGACCUGCUCGAUACUUCGUGGCUCUAG